GCAUUAUUCCUUUUCUUUCACAAUCAUUGAACAUACAUGCUUUAAUUUUUUUGGCAAAAAGAUGUAGAAAUGUAUAUAUUUUACGAUACUGAUACAUUUCAUUGUUUUGGAAAUGAAAACUUAAGAAUCUGUUUUAGCUUUGUUUCGACCUCCCCCACGUGAUAGCCAACGUUACAAAAUAGCAUCCUUCCUUGAGCAGAGGUUUGAGUUCUACAGAUUUGUGUUUUAUUGUAUGUUUAAACCCAUAUAUUGCUAAAAUUACUAUGUCGGUGGCGUUUGCACCUCACAGACCGCGUGGAAAGGGUGAUAUAACACCCGCAGGAAUUCAAAAGUUACUGGAUGAGAACAACCAACUAAUACAGUGCAUAAUGGACUUCCAGAGCAAAGGAAAGACGGCCGAAUGUUCACAAUAUCAACAGAUGCUUCACAGAAAUCUGGUGUACUUGGCCACGAUAGCAGACUCCAAUCAGAAUAUGCAGUCUCUUCUUCCUGCUCCCCCCACCCAGAACAUGCCCAUGCCGGGUGGCAUGAACCAGAGCGGCCCCCCUCCCCAGGCUCCCCACGGCCACAACAUGCCCUCGGAGGGCCCACCUGCCCCACACAUGCAGAACCAGAUGAAUGGACAGAUGCCUGGCCCUAACCACAUGCCCAUGCAGGGUCCUGGGCCCAACCAGCCGCCCAACAUGCCCAGUGGCCCCAUGAAUAUGCCCCCCAGCAGCCACGGGUCCAUGGGCGGCUACAACCACGCUGUGCCCUCCUCACAGGGCAUGCCCACUCAAGGCCAGAUGAACAUGAGCCAAGGCCAGCCGAUGGCAAACUACGGCCCACGACCCAACAUGAACAUGCAGCCCAACCAAGGCCCCAUGAUGCACCAGCAGCCACCCUCCCAGCAGUACAACAUGCCCCCUGGUGGUGGUGGGCAGCACUACCAGGGCCAGCAGAAUCCCAUGGGCAUGAUGGGCCAGGUGAACCAGGGCAACCACGUGAUGACCCAGAGACCCAUGCCCCCCUACAGGCCGCCACAGCAAGGUCCUCCUCAGCAGUACCCAGGUCAGGAGGAGUACUAUGGGGAACAGUACAGUCAUGGCAGCCAGGGAGCUCCUGAAGGAAGUUCCCAGUAUGGCCAGCAGCAGGAGGCCUACCAGCAGGGUCCCCCUCAACAGCAGGGUUACCCACCCCAGCAGCAGUAUCCUGGACAGCAGGGCUAUCCCGGUCAGCAGCAAGGCUAUGGCCCGUCUCAAGGAGGCCCUGGACAGUAUCCCAACUACCCUCAGGGCCAGGGUCAGCAGUACGGGGCCUACAGGGCACCGCAGCCAGGCCCCCCACAAGCCCAGCAACAGCGUCCAUAUGGCUAUGACCAGGGACACAUGAGGAAAUAAAGGACCGGGUAUUUCAACCCCUGACUAGAUCUGUAAGAAGCAAAGGGUCAGUAUGGAAACUACCAGCAGUGAAAACACAGGCAUUGCACUUCCAUGAGCGUUUACUCAGCGCUCCCCUCUCUGGACCUGUAGAAGGGCUAUUGCUCUCUGAGAACCCCCCCAACAAACACACACACACACACACACACACACACACACACAAUUAGGUUAUGAAGAGAAUGGUUGCCCUAGCCUCAACACACACACACACACACACACACAAUGCCCCUCUUUUUAAUGUGAAGACUGAACGAUUUGUAGAGUACUUUUUUCGUGUUCAAACAGUGAUUUCUAUCAUGAAAAUAGUGAUUUUUGACAUUACCACUUUUCUCGUGAGCAUUUGGGCCAUCUCAAAGCAGCGAUGCCUUAAGUGUUUCAGAGCUGCCUUAUCACCAUAUUUACUACUUUGUCCUUUUGUUUUGGUUCUAGAUAAGGUUUAGUGCUCACUAUACUAAUCAUCCCUGUCAGUUCCCAGGCUGUGAUGUGUACUGACCUGUAGGCUCUGCAAUGACUUAAACUCCUGUAUAUUAAGCAAUAAUGUGACAGUGAGAAGGAGGGUCUCGAGCUAUGACCUUGUACCAGGGAAUAUUCAUUUGUGACCAGGUAGAAAAAAAAAAUGUCAUGAUGUGUACAAAUGUAUUUACGCUUUUUAGAUAGUGCUGAAUUUGUAAGAUUUGGGAACUUGUUCUGAAUUGGCCCUCCUUCCCAACAUACAAACACACACACACACACCUCCCCUGUCACUGUUUGUGUUAGGAUGUGCUUUUUCAAAAAAAAAAUGCUGAUUCUCAACUCUCAAUCUUGCAUCUGUUUGCUUACCAGUCUCUUUUGCAUUUUAUUUUACCAUCUCCAAAUGCCCACAUCUUAUUUGUCAGUUGUUGGUUAGGGACUCCUGUAUUUAAACUGAAAUGAGUGAACUGUAUAUAGUCAUUACUCUCACAAACCAGCUGGCCAGAACACCUCCAAAUGAAAGAAGUGAGGAGCAAAGUGAUUUACAGCCUUUUUGGGACAUCAUUGCAGAUGACUGAGGACAUAUAGAAUUUUCUUUUUGUUUUUGAAUGAAGAAUUGUAACAAAGUUAAUGCUCCAUGAUUGUAACACCCAUCCUUUUCUAAUUCUGUUUCACUAAGUUAGUAAGGGUAGUUGUGUUAACAAUUGUUUUUUUGUUUUUUUUUGUCAAGUCAUAGUUGGCAUUGUGGAUCAGCUUGAAUGCACCCAGACAUUGUGGACUUUAUGAAGUAAAAACUAGGUUCUGAAAUGGUCAUUCCAUGAAACAUCAUGUCUAUGUGACGGUGGUUAACGUCUUUGGUUUUUAUGUCGAUAUCCUAUACAGUGUGGCUUAGCCAAGAGAAAAAUACAGUAUUGGCUUAAGUGAAAAACAGUUUUGCAAUUUUUUUGGAGUGUAAGUUUUGUAUGUAAAGGAGCCCCAUUGUGUGUUCUCCACAUUUGCGUUAGACGUUUAAUGUCAUAAUGAUUUACAGUAAUUUUCAGUGAAGCUCUUGUUUAGUCCGCAGACAGGAACUAAUGAAAAGUGUUGCUCUGUUAUUGUACGGCCUUGAUUUGGUGUCUGCUUCCUCUCUGAGGGAGUCAUCGCUGUCUGUGUUUUUACCACCAUGUAAAGCUGUACGUCACUGUAACUGAUCAAAACGUCAGAAUAAAUUAUUGUGACACUUUUUUUUUCAUAAA